AUGGACGCUGCCAUCGCUAUGGACAGUGGCGAGAGGCGCUUGCCUGCUUCCUCGCAGGCUGCUUCUGUGAGCAUCACGCAUCACCACCCGUCUGAGCACCAUCGCGGAUCGUGCCUGUCUGGCGGCCGUGACGUUCAUGUCAUAUCGCCACCCCAGCAUCACGUCCAUCGUACAAGUAGCCCAGCAGCCGCGUCGGUCGACAGCUUCUCGUCCUACAUCAACAAGGACGCGCCUCUCUUCCAGAACCGCUCCAGCUCACCACGUGCCGAAGACCAGCUUCGCGAUAACAGCACCCCAGCCUCGCACGCCAGUAGCCCACGUCCACAGCCGCGUCAUUUGGUCACCACGCCCAUCGUCUCGCGCGACGCUUUUCGUCAGCAGCCAUGGUCGCGACACGACAUACCUCGAACCACAGACAACGUCAUGUCGAUCGAACACUUACACAAUGAGAACACCUCCCAGCUACCAUGCCAUCACUCUGAUCUCGCCGCCAAUAAUCACGCCGACGCGCCCGACCAACGUGCUGCAUCAAUGGACGACAGCAUCGGCAUUUCAGCGCACACCUUUCACGCUCAACACGCACCCACAUCACCGAGCCCUGCUAUCGACGUCAACCGUCUGUCGGUAUCCAACCUCGCGCAGAAGAACGAGCAGGAUAAUGCAGAAGUUUCUUCGCGUUUUGAUGCUUCCUUCAUCCGAGCUCCCGCCUCUGUUCUCGCCGACGACUCUUUCGAGAGUCUUGGCAGUGUCAUGGGAGAGGACUCGAAAAACGAGAUUCGCAGAAGAAGGCGAACGCGUCCUGAUGAGGCCAACCUGCUAGCUCAGGUCUAUGCAAAGAAUCCGUUUCCUGACCACGAGACUCGCCUCUUCCUUGCCAAUCGCGUCGGCAUGUCCGUGCGAGCUGUGUCGGUGUGGUUCCAGAACCGUAGGCAAGCCGAGAAAAAGAGGUCAGGAAGAUACGGUGGCUCGGGCAUCGCCCCCACCGCUUCCGACGCAGGCGCUCCUGCGGCGGGUCAAGCUACUUCAGGGACAAAAGAUCUGUCGGUCCAGCCGCCAGCCAGUGUGCCGGCGCAGCGCAAGCCUUUGGGCAACGCGUCCGCCAACGGUGCUGGUGCCGCUAAGCACGUGGAUCCUCAAGCGAUCUCAGAUCUGAGCAGCGAAAACAAGGAAAACAUCCCGCCUUGGCUUGAUGCUCGUGAUACCGAAGGUGCGCAGCAGCGACGCCUUGUGAAGAUCAAGCCAGAAGUGCCGCUGGCCAGUCUCUCUACAGAGCAAAUCGUCGCGCCUCGUCCACCUGCUCUCGACUUGCGCCAAGCGGUUGGCCCUCAAGGUGUUGGCAUCGCUCUGAAUCGCGUCGAAGUUGACCGGGCGACGCCUGUCCAGUCCGUGAAGGUCAGCGCUCGUCACGAAAUCAGCUCAAAGCCCUCGCUUUCGCGUCACCGAUCUGUGCCAAGAUUGUCGCUGGAUGACGUUCUCAGCGGACGAAGCAACUCGCUUCGACGCUCCGCCACGGAGCACGCGACGCCGUUUGACACUGCAUCGAGCGAGCCGGCGCAAGAGCAGCUCGAUACGAUCCUACCGGCUCCGAAGCUCCUCUCGCGUGCCUCUAGCUCGACCAGCCUGAGCUUGCUGACCACAUCGAGUGGCCGGGCUAGCAUCGGCAGCUUGGAAACGCGCAAGGAAGCCUCGCCUGCUGCGCGACCUGGAGACGCAAGACUCUCUUUGACGUCGAGCUUGCCGCCCAAGCUGACGGCAGCCUUGCAGCGACAAGGUAUCAUUGGGAUACAGUCUGAGACCCACGGCCACAGUGUCAAGGGCCAAGGCCUGCUCCAAAUGAUGCCCAGCAGCAGUGCAUCGAGCAGCGAGGCGGAUGCGCUAUACGGCAAUGAUCAGCGCCGGGACAGUGAAGAGGACGAAGAGCGAACGCUCAAACUGAUCGCUCAGCGACGAGCAGCCAAAGCUCAAGCUGCUGCGUUGAUUCAAGCGCAGGAAGCGCGGGAACGAGCAGCGUCGGCCAAGGCGGUCGAGCGAGCUGGUGUUGUCGGUCUUGUGCCGAUGAAUCCUGGAUGCGCUGACGCAAGACAAGCCAUCGCGCAGCAGGCUGGUUUGCUGGACAGCGCUUCUGCCAUCGCAAGCACGCCCAAGAUGGGUUCGUCGACUGUGGUGGGCCUGGCGCCAGCGCGACAACUCAGUUUGGACUGGGCAGCCGGACGCGAUCGUGCGGCUACAUCGGCUCUUCCGAAGAGCAUCGGUGGCACACCGCUUUCGCGAAGUGCCAGCGCACGUCAGCUGACUCAGCCUCGUCCCCAGGAGUCGACUCCGAUCACACAGCAGCGAGAGGCCAACUUGCCAGACAGUGCCCCGACGCAUGUUGAGAAGCGCCAACCAAAUGCUGCCAAGUCAGGUCGUCGAUCUUUGUCGGCCAACGAUCUCACACGCCGAUUGCAACAGGCUAAGCGAAAGGGAGAUGCCACCCAACCCAGUGUCGGUGCAGGCCGUAAGCGUACUGCGGCUGCGGCUGCGGCUGCUGCAUUCGAGGCUGGCGACGAAAAUGUAGAUCCCACGACGGCUGUCAAUGCCGCAGCUACAGGUGUCGCGCGAACUGCCUCGGCUCAGCCGGCUCGACCCGUCAAGCGUCGACGUGCGCAGCUUGAAGACAUUGCGCUGGCCUCAAACCUCGCCGAGCCAGCUGUGUCUUCGAAAGUGAUCGCGCCCUACGGCCAUGCGAUGGGCGCUCCCGCUUCGCCGCUACUCUCGUCUCGACCGUUUCUGCCUCACGCGUCGUUUCCGUCUGCCUCGCGAGGCAUGCCUACGAUGGUGGUACCCUCUACACCGCAGAACAGCUCGCUCUACUCUGGAACUGGCUUGUCGCUCAGCACUCGCUCCGAACGCUUUCGUGCGAUCGGCGCAUCUCCAGCUGGCUCAUUCGGCCGUUCCAUCUCUGCCAACUACGUCUCGCAUCGUCAGCCAGCUCAUCACCAGCUGCCUCGCUCCUCGGCGGCACGCGACCAUACCGGUUCUACUCGAAGUUGGGACAGCGCCGGUCGUGGUCAUGUUCGAACCUACAGCAACAACGAAGAGGGCUGGACUCCUCGUGCGUCCAACAGUGCUUCGCUACCGCAACCUCUGCCUGCCUCGACUCCCUCCAGGGUGUUGGGUGAUCGAACCAACUUUUCGUCGACACCUGUGUUCCACCAACACCACCGCUUGCCCCUGCACGCAAACAGUUCCGGAGAUUCCCCCUUCGUCCACGACGACAGCGGUUUCUUCGAAGGCAUGAGCGACGAGGAUGACGCACCGCCGCAAGACGUCAAAAAGCUCGGCAUUAUGCCUACCGCAUGCGUCUCGCCCAGAAAAGCCUCGUUGAGGAGUAUGAGAGGUUCAGCCCCCGAGAGCGGAGACGAUCGUCAGGCGGCAGAACUUCUGUUGGGUUUGGGAAAAGUUGACUCCAGAGACAGCUCGUUGAGUCAGUAG